UCCAAGAUGGCGGUUCUUGUAGUCGAUAAUGGAGCAUAUGCUGCGAAGAUAGGAUUCAAUAGCUCGGAAACUCCAAGAGUGAUUCCCAAUUCCAUAUUUAAAGCCAAGAGUGAGAGACGAAGAGCUUUCAUUGGAGACCAAAUAGAAGAAUGCAAGGAUUUUUCUGGUUUAUUUUAUCUGCUUCCAUUCAAUAAAGGCUACCUUGUCAACUGGGAUAUUGAGAAACAGAUAUGGGAUCACAUGUUUGGAAAAGAGGGCUUGCAGGUGAACUUUCAAGAAACAACUUUACUUAUAACAGAGCCACAGUUCAACCUCCCUUCUAUAAAGGAAGCAAUGGAUGAAAUAAUAUUUGAAGAUUAUAACUUCCACGCUCUUUCCAGGUCUUCAGCUCCACAGCUCAGUGCAUACAAGAGCCAUCAAGAGGAAACACAAAAGCACUUGGUCUGUUUAGUCAUAGAUGCAGGAUUUUCCUUCACACAUAUCGUCCCAGUAUUUAAUGGCAAGAUUAUCAAAAAAGCUGUCAGAAGGAUAAAUGUAGGAGGCAAGCUGUUAACCAAUCACCUUAAAGAAAUCAUUUCCUAUCGGCAGCUUCAUGUUUUGGAUGAGACCUAUGUCAUAAAUCAGUUAAAAGAAGACACCUGUUAUGUCACAAAUCAGUUUUAUAAGGAUAUGGAUAUUUGCAGAUUAAAGGGUCAAGAGAAUACCAUUGUCAGAGAUUAUGUUUUACCUGAUUAUAGUCAGAUCAAAAGGGGAUACAUCAAGCCUUUGGAUGAAAUGUGGGAUUCUUCAAAGAAGAAAGAUAAUGAACAGAUUCUCAGGAUGAAUAAUGAACGUUUUUCAGUACCUGAGAUUUUGUUUCAUCCAUCUGAUAUUGGAAUACAAGAAAUGGGUAUUGCAGAAGCAGUUAUCCAUUCCAUGAGUGCCAUUCCUUUAGAUAUGCAACCACAUUUCUACAUGAACAUUCUGCUGACCGGAGGCUGUAGUCUUUUCCCAGGCUUUAAAGAAAGAGUAUUCCAAGAUGUCCGUUCUCUUGCUCCUUGUGAUUUUGAUGUGGCUGUCUACCAACCAAUCAACCCUGUAACCUAUGGAUGGGAUGGAGGUAUUGCCUUGUCCAAAACAGAAACAUUUACCAAAAAGAUGUGUGUUACAAAAGCUGAAUAUGAAGAACAUGGCAAAAAUAUAUGUAAAGAACGGUUCGAUUCCUAGUGUUUUUAUUGACAAAUGUAUGAUGUGCCAUUUGUAAAGACAUUUAUUAAAUGGAAGAGGCAUUUUUGAGGAAGUGAAGAGUUUGCAGAUAAGCUGAUGCUAGUCAAUCAUGUAGAUUAUAAAGGCAAAAGCAACAAAAUCCACACUGUGUCAGGAAAGACAGUUGAAAACAGGCAGGCAAAGGGGAAGGUGACGAGAGGAGAGUCAAGAGAAAACAAGGCAAAUGGAAGAUAAUAUGAAACAAGAGGAGAGGAGAGAGAAAAAUGGGAGAGGAAAGUGUAUGAGAGGAAAAAUGGAAAGGAAUCCAUGAAGAAAGAUACUGGAACUAGAAAGGAAUGAAUAGGAUUCUAAUAAUGUAAAAUACAAUAUGUACAAAUAAAUGUAGUUCAUUCUUUAUCCAAAACAAACCAUUUCAUUAAAAACAUUGAUUCAUUAA